AAUGGAUAUUCUGGUUUAGUAUAUAUGUCUGGUUUUCAUGUGUAUAAGGUUAUCAUUGUAGGUAAUUCUUCAUUCAAUAGUUUUAAUGAAAAAGAUUUUAAUGCACUAUCUCUUGUAUUCAUUUUAGUAGAUGUGAUUUUUGAACU